AUGGCACAGGGACUGAAUGACACGAACAUUUGUUUAAUCCCUAAGACAACGAAGCCGAAUGAGAUGACAAAGUUUAGACCUAUCAGUCUAUGCAAUGUCAGCUACAAGAUAGUAUCUAAGGUCUUAUGCCAAAGAUUGAAGAAGGUUCUUCCACAGCGGAUAUCAGAGACCCAGUCAGCCUUCGUUGCUGGUAGACAGAUUACAGAUAAUAUCAUGAUAGCUCAGGAGAUGCUCCACGCUUUGAGAACUAAACCGGGAGGACGGGUUAAACGAUUGGCCAUAAAAACUGAUAUGAGCAAAGCAUAUGAUAGGAUGGAGUGGUCAUUCAUUGAGGCAGUCAUGGGGAAGAUGGGUUUUUCAGAAAUGUGGAUUGACUGGAUUAUGCGAUGCAUCACCUCGGUCAAGUAUAAAGUCCUCAUGAAUGGAGAACCGAGGGGUAACAUUGUCCAUGGGAGAGCGGAGCCCCGUGAAUGUGAAGAAGUUAUGAAAGUAGUAUGGAAAUAUGAGAAAGCAUCAGAUCAACGUAUUAAUUUUGACAAAUCCUCAUUAUUCUUCGGUAAAAGGGUUCCAGCGAAUGAUAGGCAUCAAAUCAAGGAUACUCUUGGUAUACAAAAUGAAGGUGGGAUGGGCUCAUACUUAGGAAUCCCAGAGGACAUCAGUGGAUCAAAGUGUAAAUUAUUUUCUUUCUUAAAGGACAAGCUUCUACACAGAGUGAAUGGCUGGACUGGUAGAUGGUUAUCGAAGGGAGGAAAGGAGGUUUUGAUUAAAUCAAUAUUGCUAGCUCUUCCGACCUAUGUCAUGUCCAGCUUUCUGCUUCCUUUGGAUAUAUGUGAGAACCUAGCAAGUGCCAUUGCACAGUUCUGGUGGAGCUCGAAUCCUCCGAAAAGAGGAAUCCAUUGGGCAAAAUGGGAAAAGAUGUGUGCACCUAGAGGAGGGAGGAAUUGGUUUCCGUAUGAUCCAUGA